AUGUAUUUUAAUGUCGCCGGAAAAAUACAGUGUUUUUUGAAGGCCGAGUCAGUGAACACGGACGGCACGUAUGAUGGUGCGCGAAAAACACGUGACAACGAACGAUCGCAGUUUUUAUACGCGCGUGAUAUUAGUCAAGUCCAUCUCCCGAAAAUAGCCAUACCGAAAUUCAGCGGUAAAUACGAAGAUUGGUAUCCGUUUCACAAUACCUUCGAGUCCAUAAUAUAUUCAAACACAAAACUAACGGAUAUUCAACGUUUUCAUUAUUUAAUUUCGUCUCUCGAGAGCGAUGCCGCGCACGUAAUUAAGUCAUUGAAAACUACGUCCGAUAAUUAUCACCAAGCAUUAGAUCUAUUGAAACAGCGUUACAAUGACAAACGUGUCAUUGCACAAGAGCACAUUAAGGCACUGUACGAGUUACCCACAGUACCAAAAGGUAAUCGCAAUGUUUUAAGAAAAUUGAUAGACGAUGUGCUACGUCAUUUGCGUUCUUUAAAGAAUUUAAGCAGGCCAACUGAACGGUGGGACGACCUCAUUGUUUAUUUAAUCAUUUCAAAACUGGACGCAACUCUCACUAGCGAUUGGAAAGAUCAUAUCCCACCGAGUGAUAUCCCCACUUUAAAACAACUCACAGACUUUCUUACACACAAAUGCAAGACGUUGUCGACCGUAUCAAAAAAAGUUCCCAGCGAUUCCACAAAUUUAAACAUGCGUAAAGCAACCGGUAAAGCGACCAGCGUCCAUCUCACAACUACCAACAUUUGUUGCUUUUAUUACAAGGAAAAGCAUUACAUCUUUCAGUGCCCCAGCUUUUUAAAAUUAUUAAGCAAGGAUAGAAAUAAGAAAGCAAGAGCCAAGCGAUUAUGUAUCAAUUGCCUACGUUCCACGACGCACCAAGCCAAAGAAUGUAGAUCGUCAACAUGUCAAACAUGCAGCAAAAGACACAACACGUUACUUCACAUGCAAGACAAGGAAGUAAAGGCUCAGAAAGGCAGUGAAUCUACAGAUCAAACAAAUGAAGCAGUCAACGCCGGCGCAGUCACGUUGAAUCAUCACACCAUUCAAGGAGGGUAUAAAGAAGUCAUUUUAUCAACAGCAAUCGUUAUGGUAAACGAUCGGCACGGCAACUCACAUACAUGUCGAGUAUUAUUAGACUUAGGAGCUAUGUUUAAUAUCAUCACCGAUAAGAUCCCGAAUAAUAUUAAGUUGGCAGAUCCGCAGUUUCACAUAGCAGCCGACAUAGACAUACUCAUAGGCAAUGAGUACUUCUGGAAAUUGAUAUGUGUGGAUCAAAUUCACGAGCAUAAAAAUCAACAAACACACUACAAAAAACUCAAUUGGGUUGGAUUGGCAGUGACAAAAUAUAUAACCAUGGCCCCACAAAAUCAUCUCGAAUCUGCACCGUAUCAAUCAAUCAGCAAAUUAAUCAAGCAGUAG